CAAUGUGGAAUGGUGUUUUUAAAAUGCAAUCACCUAACUACAAGUCAAUGAUCUUACUAACUUCACUUCAAAUACCAAGUAUAUAUAAGCUCUGUCUUAAGUACAGAACUGGAUUCUUUGACAAUCUCUCAUUAACAUAGUGCUUUUGGUGUUAAAAAUCCUGUGGCUUGGCCCACCCAGGGAGGCGGGGCCCGCCGGUAGGGGGCUCCAUGCUCUGUCGUCACAAUGCGGAAACCUGAAACGCAGGAUGUUACCAAGAUGACUCCAUUUUCACACGAAGUUAUAAGCAGACAAGCCACAAUUAAUAUAGGUACAAUUGCUCAGGUAGCCCAUGGGAAAUCCACAAUUGUAAAAGCUCUUUCUGGAGUUCACACUGUCAGGUUCAAAAAUGGGUAUGAACUAGAAAGAAAUAUUACAACCAAGCUUGGAUAUGCUAAUACCAAGAUUUAUAAACUUGACGACUCAAGCUGUGUUCAGCCAGAAUAAUGUUACAGAUCCUGUGGAAGUAGUACACCUGAUGAGUUUCCUACAGACAUUCCAGGGACCAAAGGGAACUUCAAAUCAGUCAGACAUGUUUCCUUUGCUGACUGUCCUGGCCAUAACAUUUUGAUGGCUACUAUGCUGAAUGGUGCAGCCAUGAUGGAUGCAGCUCUUCUGUUGAUGGCUGGUAAUGAGUCUUCUCCUCAGCCUCAGACUUCCGGGGCAAUGCCUGCCAUAGAAAUCAUGAAACUGAAGCGUAUUUUGUUUCUACAAAAUAAAAUAGACUUGGUAAAAGAAAGUCAAGCUAAAGAACAGUAUGAAAUGAUUCUUGGGUUUGUACAAAGUACAGUAACAGAAGGUACUCCUAUCAUUCCAAUUUCUCCUCAGCUGAAAUACAACAUUGAAGUUGUCUGUGAAUACCUAGUGAAGAAAAUUCCAGUACCCACAAGGAACUUUACUUCAGAGCCCCGACUUAUUGUUAUCCAGUCCUUUGAUGUCAAUAAACCUGGCUGUGAAGUUGAUGACAUUAAGGGUGGUGUAGCUGGUGGUAGUAUUCUAAAAGGAGUUUUAAAGGUGGGCCAGGAGAUUGAAGUCAGACCUGGCAUUGUUUCCAAAUACAGUGAAGGAAAACUCAUGUGUAAACCAAUCUUUUCCAAAAUUGUGUCCCUUUUUGCUGAGCAUAAUGAUGUCCACUAUGCUGCUCCAGGAGGUCUUAUUGGACUUGGGACAAAAAUUGACCCCAUUUCCUUCAGGGCAGACAAAAUGGUAGGGCAGGUACUUGGUGCAGUUGCACCCUUACCUGAGAUCUUAGAGCUGGAAAUCUCCUAUUUCCUACUUAGACACCUUCUAGGUGUACACACUGAAGGAGAUAAGAAAGCAGCAAAGGUGCAAAAGCUGUCUAAGAAUGAAGUGCUCAUGGUGAACAUAGGAUCCCUGUUGACAGGAGGAAGAGUCAGUAUAGUCAAGGCUGAUUUCGGCAAAAUCGUAUUGACUAAUCCCGCGUGCACAGAAGUGGGAGAAAAAAUUCCCCUUAGCCGAAUACUUGAAAAACACUGGCGUUUAAUUGGUUGGGGUCAAAUAAGAAGAGGAGUGACAAUCAAGCCAACAGUAGAUGAUCACUGAAGUGUAAGGCUGGAGGCAGCCAAGAUAGAGGAGAUGUCCUCAUCCGGGCUCCCAGAUCUCCAGGGAAGAGUACAUUACUUCGUUGUCUCCUUCUGAUCUGAGUGAGUUUGGGACACUGGGCUCACAGGUUUAGGGGCUCCGGGAAAUGGGUAACAGACAUAGGGAAACAGUCCUCUAAACUGGAGGCUCAGACCCCUCUGUGGUGUCUCAUAUCCAUUCUGGUGACCCUAGAUAUAGUAGAGGAGAUCCGUAAAUGGAAACUGGUCCAACUCUGUUCUCAGACUUGGCCCCAGUAUCCUCUAGACAAUCAAUCUCACUGGCCCUCAGAGGGGACUUUUGAUUUUAGCCUCCUCACCAACCUAACUAAUUUCUGUCACCGAACUGGGAAGUGGUCUGAUGUCCCAUAUGUCCAGGCCUUUUGGACAUUGCGCUCCCACCCAGACCUUUACAUUAAGUGUUCAAAGACCCAGGUUCUCCUGGCCCAAUCUCUAGUAAAGGAUUGCCAGCCUCUUACUCUGCCCAGUCCGUCCUCCUUUUCAGAUCCACCGGAGGACCUCGGUCACCCACUUCCCUCAGCUUGCAAUACCCUCCCCCUCUCUCCGCCGCCAUCUUUAAGUCUUUGUCCUCACCCAUGCUGCCGCCAUCUUUAAGUUUUUUGUCCUCACACGUGUCACCACCGUCUUUAAGUCCUUUGUCCUCACCAGCAUCGCCACCAUCUUUAGGUCCUUCAUUCUCAACCAUGCCAUCUUCCUGCUC